UAAAAUGUCUGGAGUGAAUAGCGUGGAGGCGGUGAAGCGGAAGAUCCGAGUGUUGCAGCAACAAGCGGACGAUGCGGAGGAGCGAGCCGAGAGUCUCCAGAGACGGGUGGAGGAAGAGAAGCGCACCAGAGAACAGGCCGAGUCUGAGGUGUCAUCCCUGGGCAGGCGCGUCCAGCUCCUCGAGGAGGACCUGGACCGGGCCCAGGAGAGACUGUCCACCGCCCUGCACAAGCUGGAGGAGGCCGAGAAGUCUUCCGAUGAGAGCGAACGGGGUAUGAAAGUGAUCGAGAACCGCGCCUUGAAGGAUGAGGAGAAGAUGGAGAUCCAGGAGGUGCAGUUGAAGGAGGCCAAACACAUCGCAGAGGAGGCCGACCGCAAAUAUGAGGAGGUCGCCCGCAAACUGGUGGUGCUGGAGGGAGAGCUGGAGCGCACGGAGGACAGGGCCGAGGUGGCAGAGGGGAAGCUCCGGGAAAUGGAAGACCAGAUGAGAGGUUUCGACCAGUCAUUAAAGAGCAAGCAGGCAUCUGAAGAGAAGUAUUCCCAGAAAGAAGACCGCUAUGAGGAAGAGAUCAGGAACCUAAGUGACAAACUGAAAGAGGCUGAAACCCGGGCCGAGUUCUCAGAGAGGUCCAUCAUCAAACUAGAGAAGAGCAUCGAUGAGCUGGAGGAUGCUCUGUCUGCCGCCAAGGACUCCAACAAAAAGCUUCAGGCAACCCUGGACCAGACGCUGGAGGACCUCAACAGCUGCUAGGGCCUGACCACCUCCUCCUCCUCCUCCUCCUCCUCCAUUCCUCCUCCUCAUACAUUCCUCCACAGUGUUCCAGUCUCACUGUUAACCCCAUCCUGCCAAUAGCCUGUCCAGGUCUGUGACGGACGUAAAGAUCUAGCCAAUACAGCCAAGGAGCUGAGUGUUAGCCAAUGCGGGGAAAGGUGAUCGGCCAAUUGCAACACAUUCCACUGCAGUAAUGGGAGGGGCCAACGAAAAGCCUUGGGUCAAAGGAUCUCUUAAUGAUAGAAUUUAAGUCUAUUUUUGCAGCAAAUAAAGUGAUCAUUGGAAAUAUAACAAUUAAAAGAAGUAGAUCAUGUAAGUUCUGACAAAUGACAAUUCUCUCCCAGUAUUUGCAGUUUCUUGCUGUGAUGUUAUUGUAAUUAAUGCAGGAUUUUUAAAAAUAAAGGGCCACAUUUAAUAGCA